AUGGUUGAGCAGAAUGCAGCAGCUGAAAGUGCUUCCAACUGUUUCUACCCCUUUAGGCCGGAAUCCUUUUCUUAUGACGAGCGCCUGGAGAAACCCAGCUCACAGAACCUCGGUCUAGCCUUUCAUCUGGCCUCACGUGAAUACGGAAUUCCCCGCCUACUGGAGACGGAAGAUCUCGAUGCGGAACUGGAAGCUAACGCAUCUGCCGAAGGAGAGUUUGGGGCUACCGUUACUGUGGCAACAACUUCUUCACGCAGUUCCUCCCCAACCUGCUCCGAAAUCACCUUUUACGACGAUGAAACGGAGCAGGAAGAGGAAUCGGCAGACGAUCAGGAUCAGGAGAGCCUUCAACAACGCAUGGAACGCCUGCUGGCGUGGAUGCUCUCCGUGGAGGAGAAGAUGGCAGCAAAUUUAACGGCAGUAGAGGAAGUACAGAAAAAUGGCGAAAGCACACCUACCGCGGAGACGACAGAGCAGGAGACGAUCAAAGCGAAUUUCUUGCAUAUACGGAAACAAGUAGAAACCGCUCGAAACUGCUUUAACGUACACGAAGGUCUUGCCGGACACAUGAGUAGACAUCAAUCGUCUGUUAUCCGGUGUCUACGAAACGGCGAUCGACUUUGUUCUCAAGCGCAGAAGGCACAGCGACCAGCGAAUAACACGGAGGGUCUCAACGAAGCGCAAACGAGCUCCGUAGACGUUGCGGGGCUGCGAAAGAUGCUGGCCUUCAUUAGUAAAAAGUGGGCUGAAUUUAAUAAGAAUUCGGCGGCAACGACCAAGAAGCUUGCUGAGGUUCUUCUGCGCAGACAGGAGGAGCUCCUACAGGCGGUGCAAUGCCACCUUGAAAAACUUGAAAUAGAAAAGUCAGUCCACUAA